AUGAGUUCAUCUUCCGAAGUACAAUAUGGAGGAGGAGAUCGUGGGUUCCCAACGAAGUGUGACUGUGGAUUACGUGUGGUACCUUUACUAUUGAAGACACAAGAGAAUCCAGGAAGACUUUUCUACCGUUGUAUAAGCAAAAAGGAUGUUGAAGAUGCUAUUCCAAAACUCGAAAUCAUUGACAGGGAGAUUACUAAGACCAAAACUGAGGUUGAGGAGUUAAGGACUUUGAUUGAAGAUUUGAAGAAAGAUGUAGCAAGGAGCCAGAUAGAAAUCAGGAAUUGGAAAGCUUUGAAGGCAGUGUGCCUUUUGUGUGUUUUAUGGCUUUGUUGUUAG